CAACCACAUCCACAGUCUUCCGUCACAAGCUCUCUGACUCUGCAUGUAGAUCGACAGAUUGGCACAGUGUAAAUGUCACCAUGCUAUGCACAACUGCUAUUUGAUCAUAAACUGGAAAAUUCUGGAUAUUCAUUCUUGUAAAUAGGUUCAAUGGGAGUAUUAUCAAGUGUGCAUGUGGCCUCUGUACAAUGCAUUUGAGCAGGGUUGACCACAGUUUCUUUCCCUCUUCCUCCAUGAUGGCUUCAUGGCGAGCCACAUUCUUGCUUGUUGUUUGUGGACUUCUACAGUGCAAUGAUGCUGCAUGCAGUGUGACCUGCACCACAGACUUCAUCUCCGCGCUCAACUGCUCUGCUUCUGACUUGACAGGAACAGCUUCUUGUGAUGUUGUGGCCAGUUGCAGGGAUGAGUUUUUUGCUGUAAAUGGAAGCUGCACCAUCAGAUCGCCACAGUCCUGGUGCACAAUGGAGCCAAAGGAUCUGUAUUUGAUGAUGUCUUAUGAUACCAACUGCUUCAUCACUGUAACACAAAUGGACAAACAAGGCGAAAUGGAGAUCCCAAUACAGAGAUACUCUGAAAAUAUCGUUUUGUACAAAUAUACUAAACUAAAGCAACCGUUCAACCUCACACUUACGAAAACUGAUGGAGGUUUUAACCUCACUUGGGAUGUGGCUUAUACAGAUAACGAUCUGUACGAACAAUUGAUCUACAGAGUAAGAGUACGAUCUAAAAGCUCCCCAGAGAAGGAGCUAAUUUACAUCCUGCAGCAGAACCAGCAAUCAAUGGUGAUCCUCAGUGAAAAACUGCAACCAGGAACGCAAUAUGUUGCAAAUGUUCAGGUUGCUGUGAAUCCAAAUUGGUUCAACUCCAUGUGGAGUGAAUGGAGCGACGGUGUUGAAUGGAUAGCUGAAUCUCCAGAACAGUACUAUUUCCUGCUGUUGGCGAUUCCAAUUGUGAUUAUGAUGGCGCUGCUGAUUGUGUUCAGUGGGAAACUAGGGGGCAUCAAAAAGCUGACUUUUCAACACAUCCCAAGCCCGCAAGAGUACUUCACACCGCUCUAUCACACGUAUCAAGGAGACUUUAAGAAAUGGGUCGGACCAGUCCUGACCUUCAACAACUUUGAUGUCCUGGAGAAAAGCACCCCGCUGCAGGUGCUUUGUGAGAAGCAGCAGAACCAGAGCUCAGAGGAGCCUGCUAAUGACCAGAUUGGUGAACGGGACUUCGGCCCAGAGGGUCAAAGCGCAUCUAAACUCUACUUCCUAGGAAGCAGCAGUCAGGAACACUCCGGCGGCCACAUAUCGAUGGACACAGUCACGGUUUCAGAUCAGGAGGGCAUCAUGGGAGACUGGUCAGGAAACAGCCGUAGACGAAGCCUCGAUGGCUUUUCUAACGCCAAUCAGAGAGCGCCUGAAAUCGACCAACCUCUUCUACGGGCUGCCAGCGGGAGCUUACAGGGUUCAGACUUUGACUGGCAUCUACAAGAGCACGAUCUGGAGAACAUGGAACAGGUUUCGCUGGACUCUUACAGCUCUAAUGAGCAGUCCGAUGAUGGUUACCCACAAAUGGGGUUGGAUCUGGACACCAUAGACAGUGGGUUUCUGGAGUCGGAGUGUUCGAGCCCGUCAGCGUUUGAUGGGAACGAGCAGAUAGAGACUUCAUCGCUUGAUGGCGUGGAAGGCUCCCAUUCAAAUUAUGUCAAACAGUGGGUGGCUUUCACAGCCGUUCAAGUCGAAGCCCACAGCUCUGGAAACUAGCUGCUCAUGGAGUUUCUAUUACUACAUCGUGGAGGAAGCAUCUACUAAAUAUCACAGUUGGAAUAAAUUUGCUCAUGGUACAGCAUGUGAGAUGACUCUCUUUACACUGAACUGGCAUAAUGCUGCAAAAUGGACUUACAUUUUUUUGAUUGCACAUUAGGACAGCGCGUAUGCCUGCAUCUCAUUUGCAUAAUAUCAGUCCUAUAGGCCUAUAGUCAGAGGCUGUGCUACAAAUAAUCAAUAUUUGUCUCUCUGCUGGUACAAUUUUUGUUGCUGUUGUGCUUUUUACUUCGAUUUUUUGUAAUAUAUUGUAAUGGUUUACACUGAACGUCCUAAACAUGAACUAUUGUGGCAACAAAAAUGAACAGCAUCGAAACUACUCUUCAAAUUCUCCCUCUCCAAUUCUGUUUUGCACUUUAAAACGUUCUUUCACUUUCUCUUUCAUUCACUUCUAAUCGUCAAACUACAUACAAUGAUUUAUGUUCACACCUCACUGUAGGGGAAAAGAAAAUUAA